GAGGGAAAGCGGCGAGUAAGAUGGAAGAUGAGGAGGUCGCUGAGAGCUGGGAAGAGGCGGCAGACAGCGGGGAAAUAGACAGACGGUUGGAAAAAAAACUGAAGAUCACACAAAAAGAGAGCAGGAAAUCCAAAUCUCCUCCCAAAGUGCCCAUUGUGAUUCAGGACGAUAGCCUUCCCGCGGGGCCCCCUCCACAGAUCCGCAUCCUCAAGAGGCCCACCAGCAACGGUGUGGUCAGCAGCCCCAACUCCACCAGCAGGCCCACCCUUCCAGUCAAGUCCCUAGCACAGCGAGAGGUCGAGUACGCCGAGGCCCGGAAGCGGAUCCUGGGCAGCGCCAACCCCGAGGAGGAGCAGGAGAAACCCAUUCUCGACAGGCCAACCAGGAUCUCCCAACCCGAAGACAGCAGGCAGCCCAGUAAUGUGAUCAGACAGCCUUUGGGUCCUGAUGGGUCUCAAGGCUUCAAACAGCGCAGAUAAAUGCAGGCAAGAAAAGAUGCCGCCGUUGCUGCCGUCACCGCCUCCUGGGUCGUCCGCCACGGGUUGCACUGCCGUGGCAGACAGCUGGACUUGAGCAGAGGGAACGACCUGACUUACUUGCACUGUGAUCCCCCUUGCUCCACCCACUGUGACCUUGAACCCCAUGCACUGUGACCUCCCCCCUUCUCCCCCUUCCCACUGCGAUUGGCACAUCGACAAGGGCUGUCCGAAGUCAAUGGAAAGGGAAAGGGUGGGGGUUAGGGGAAGGUUGGGGGGACCCAGCAAGGACUCGGAGAGUCAGACAGUGCCACUUGGCCACUUGGGGUAAAGCCAGUGCCAGCAAUAACAGUUUAUCAUGCUCAUUAAUUUGGGAUUUCAAAACACAAAUGAAAACUCACACCCACCCACCCCCAAGUGCAUGUCUCCAUCACUUAAAAAGUAAGUUCCAUUUGAAAAUAUCCUUUCUUUUUUUUUCUUCCUAUUUUUGUUUGUUUAUACAAAUAUCUGAUUUGCAAGAAAAAGUGCAUGGGAGAGGUUUUAGUGGUUUAAUGAAUUUUUAAUUAAGAAAGGGUAGUUUGGUAGUCUACUUAAAAAUGUUUCUGGGAAAUUCACUAGAAACAUUAACCAAUAUGAUUUUGGUGAGCUUAGCUUCUGUAUUCCUACUGCCGCCCGGAAAAGGGGCAGGGCUCUGCAGCCGCCAGGACAGAUGAGCACCCCAUGCCUAUACCUCCCUCCCCGAGCUAAGUCCCAGGGCAUCUGGGCCUUCCCUGGAGACUGGGCUAGCUCUGUAGGCUCGGAGAGCCUGGGGAGGGUGCCAACCCCACCUCUAGUAUUUUGGGAGAUAGGGAAAGUGAACCGACUUCCCCUUCCCAUACCCCUCAGGGUGGUUCCCUACCAGCCAGGCUUACUACUUCUAGAAGAAAGCAGAGUGCCAGGGAGUGAGAUUGCAUCCCUGGGCUUAGAAGUGAUGGAGAGAAGACUUGUUUAGUAUUUUGCCGUCAGCACAAGGAAAACCAGGAGAAAGUCUGCCUCCAGGACUCUGAGCCUUCUGCCUCGUAUGUUCAGAAGGUGGAUAGGUCUUCCCACUCCGGCAUGGCUUGAAGUCUUAGGGGUCUGCAGUGCUCCAUCUCCAUUGGUGGCCCCAGCUCAGUAACUAUACCUGGUACAUUUCCUGUGUGCAAUCAGUACCUUGAAGGCAGAACAUUCUGAAUAAAGUUGGAAAAAGAAAAAAAAAAUACAAAA